CUGAGGGCCUCUAAAUGUGCAGUCCCUUAAUAGUAUCACGUCACCCCGAGCAUCAUCAGCUUAUUAUUUGUUGUAUUUCCUAGCAAAUUAAGUUGGCCUCAUUUCUCAGUUGAACUGGCUUGAGGUCAAAACCCAAACUCAAUUUUCUAAUAGUUACUAUUACCAAAGCAUCGACAUUCACUAUAUAUCUAAAUAUUAUCGAUAUAUCCAAAAUGAUCACCCUCAAGCCCUUCCCCGCCUUUUUGGGGUUGGUAUUCCUUUUUGUGUUCGCUCGACCGGCCCUAGCCUUCGGUGCUGGUAACAUCGCCGGUAUCUCCAAGGUUGAGGGACAGAACUGGCGUCAUGGCGAUAUUGAAGACACCCUUCUUUCUAUUCUAAUGGCCCGAGCCGUUGGAGGCAAGAAGUUCAACAAGCUUAUGGUCUCCCGUGUCUACUUCGGUAACUGGCUUCGAGAUUACUCCCAAGCCAUCGAUGUUGGUACGGUCAAGUCAGUCUCUGCUGAAGCUAUCCGACUCCUUUUAUGUGUUCUUGGCUUCUUGACCUUUGGCUAUGGCUCCAAAGAAUUUGAAGUCACUGCCGAGCGCCUUGGCUGCUAUCGACCCGAAGACCACAUCGACAACCCCAAGAAUUACGCAGACAACGAAGAUGCGCGUCAGUACGACGAAAGACUACGUGGCCCCGUUGACGAACGUGUCGAGCUCGCUAUCGACCCUGAGACGGGUUUGAAGAAUUACAUUGCCAACGAGAAUGCCAGAAUAAUGACUUCGGCACUGCACGUUAGACGGCUAUUUGGUCGCUGCAUCGAACUUGGCCGAUCUUACAAGCAGAACAACAGAAAGAGUGACUUCUAUGAAGCUUUGAGAUUGCUUGGAACUGGUCUCCACUGCCUUGAAGAUUUCUUAGCCCACAGUAACUACAUAGAGUUGGCGCUUAUCGAGCUAGGCGAGCGAGAUAUCUUUCCACACGUCGGUAGAAACACCAAAAUUCAAAUUCCCGGCGCUCGACAUGAUGUUUACCCUUGCAUUACUGGAACUUUUGGCGGUGUCGACUUCCUGCACUCUGUAACUGGAGAAGUCUCGGAUAAAUUAACGCAAAACGAAAUCCAAGAACUUGAGGGCACUCUCCAGGAGAACUCAAGGAAAAAUGAUACAAGCAUUCUGGAGGGACUCAUUGACAAGAUCCCGGAUGGCAUUUUUGGCGGUGAUAACAAGAAACAGAAGUUGGAAGAUAUCCAGAGUAACGCCGCCAAUGCACAGAUGGCUAAUACGUCAAUCUCCCCGAAGGAACCGGAAGAGUUUACACAGUAUAUCCAGCAAGUCUUCGAGCAGAUUAUUCCUGCCAUCGAGUUCCAUGAUGAUCUCAUGAAGAGUAUCGGCGAGGCGGUUGAGAAAAUCCCCAUUCUACCCCAGAUCAUUGAACAGUUGGAGGAACAGCUCUCGAUGUGGACAUUCUCGAUCAUGGCGCCCUUUGUGGUCCCUAUCAUCCAGCAGGUUAAGAAUGAACUUCGUACCGGUUCGACUGAAAUCAUUGAGAGUAGCAAGAAUGAGCAGCACAUCGUCUUUGACGAUGACGAGUCUACUGAUCCGACGCACUCCAUGCUCUCUAAGGAUCACUUCUCUAACAUCCUAAAUGAAAUUGCAGGAAAGACUGCCAGCAAGGUCGUUUCCUGGGUUGUUCCUCAGCUCAUGGAAGCCUGGGAUGACGAAGGUGGUGAUGUCGAUCGUCUACUGAACCGUAUUAUCUAUGGCGUACUGCACCACCCAGCUCAGCGCGAUAUGGGAGAAGACGGGGCUCGUGAUGGGCGACAAAUCAUGUUCCGUUCCGUUGAGGAGUGGUGGAACCAGAUGGACGAGGGUGCUAAGGAUGAAUACCGCCAAAAGCUUUCUCGCGAUGGAGUAUUUAACGGCGAGAAUCACAAGGAAGGUGUCCACGAUUCUGGUCAUGGUUGCGGAAAGCCUCUUGGAAUGCACAAAAACUUCGCCGAGGGCGGAACUAUGGAAGACCGUAUCGCAAGCCAGGCUGCUAGUGCUAUUGUCGGGGGCCUCACUGGUGGUGUCUCUGACUUUGUUAGUGCCCAAUCUGGCGGACAAAUCAACUUACCCAGCUCUGGAAAUCAAGGAUCUAGUAGUCCCGGCGGUGGACUUCUCGGGGCUAUCGGAAGCUCUCUUCUAGGCGGGGCUUUCAAGAGCAACGAAACCGAAUCUUUCGGAAGCAGGCGCCAGGGUGACGACGGAUCAUACAGCGAGAGCCGCACCGAGUACGGACACUCUGGGGAUCGUUAUGGCCAGGCUGAAUACUCCGAGAACCGAUAUUCCGGGGGAGGCGAGAGCAGGGAAUAUCGCCGCUACGAGCAAGAUGAAAACGAGGGUCGAGGCUAUGGUUACCAAGAGCGCACCGAUACUCGUCCUAGCUACGGCGGUGGAUAUGAGGAACGCACUGAACGUCGGUAUGAAACUAACGAUGAUACCUACCAAGAAUCCAGCAGCUGGAAUCGGCGUGGUGACAACGACAAUGAUAGCUACGGCGAACGCCAGGAGAACUACGGUGGUCGACGUGAUUAUGGCGGCGAAGGUGGUUACGGGCGUCGCGAAGAGCGCUCGGAAGAGUCUUACGGUGGCCGUGGGCGAUAUGGCCGCGAGGAGAGCUCCGAAUCCAGAUAUGAAGAGCGCCGUGAAGAGCGUCGCGAUCGAAGUCGUGACAACGAUGAAGGUGGUUUCCUAGAUACGGUUAUAAGCCGAGUUGGUGACGCCCUUGACGAAGGUAGCCGCCGCCGUCGUGAUGAAGGAGGCAGCGGAUGGGGCCUUUAGAGAAGGUUUCGUUCGAAUUAGAUAUCUCUUGACGUACGACUGACGGUCUUGGCGAGGAGUUCUUAGGUUGUCCGAAGGUGAUCAUAGCAGAUUUUGGCGUGCGUUGCGUUGCGUUGAGGAUACUCCCAAAAGUUACGACGUAGGUAAGGCUACAAUGAUGUAAGCUUUUACUUAGUUCUAUCUCUUUAGCAAGUCAACCAAGCUUCAUCAAGGAUUAUACUACUACUUUAUGAUUAAUUAAAAAAUCAUGAGUACCCCGUAUGCAAGAUAUAAUCGAGGACUUAAAUAUAAGUUGUAUGCCUUCUCCGUAUCUAGCUACAGUAUAGUGGGGCAUCUCCUCUUGAGCUGCCCUACAUACUUCUAGUAUGACCUCACGGUAGCUACCUCACGGAGCCAGAUUCCCGACGGCUAUUGGACACCAAGCCUUUUUCCAGAUAGCUUUCCCGAUUUUGCCAGCCCCUAGCUCCACCCAGCUAAGCUCCGUCC